AAUAAGCCGUUACGCAACUCAGUUUGGGGUUUGCAUGCUUUAAAAUUAAGAAAAUGUGACUAGAUUUUAAAAUAAAUUAACUCGAAUACUUUUGAUAAUAAAUGUAUCGUGUUUUAGCACACGUAACUUGCUAAAGGUUUUUUCCUUAGGAGUCAUAGGAUUAAAGCUUUAUUGAAAAAUUAAAACGGGGAUGAUGAUCAGAAUAACUUUGCAGGGGCUUGUCACCUCGUAUCAGGUCGUAUCACCUUAGCAUUCAUUUUGAGAAAACGGGAUAUCUUUUACUUACAUUCUUAAUGCUCUUAAUAUCGUUCAUGUUUGUAAAGCACUUUGAACUGUCUUGUGUUGAAAGGUGCUAUAUAAAUAAACUUGCCUUGCCUUACAUAGCUUUGAUUGGACGAAUUUUUACCCAGUUCCUGACUUUGGGUUGACUUGAAUAAGUGGCACUUAAAUUGAAGUGUGUAUUUGUCAGGGUUUGGGGAAAUAGGACCCAAGUGCAGCAACAAGGGGAGGCAGGUAUGGGUACGAACAAAAGGCGAGCUUUAUUCCAAAAGCUGUUUUACAAAAAUGUUAAGUUUGGGAAAAAUCCAGGACAUGAAAAACACUUGACUUGAACACAUGAAAGACGAUAGGGAAAUCCAAGACAUGAAAAACGCUUGACUUGAUACAUGAAAGACGACAGGGAAAUCCAAGACAUGAAAAACGCUUGACUUGAUACAUGAAAGACGACAACCCAGGGCAUGAAAAACGCUUGACUUGAAUACACGAAAAACGCUUGACUUGAAUACACGAAAAACGCUUGACUUGAAUACACGAAAGACGCUAACGAACUGACAGAGAACACAGGGAAAGCAGGACUAAAUACAAAGACACUAAUCACAACACAAGCCACAGCUGGGGAGGGGAGGCAGAAACACGAGGGCAACAGGUGACAACAAUGAAACAAUCAAGGAAGGAAGGAAAACCAAAAGACAGGAAGUAAAACUACACAUGACACAACAGAGGGAAAACAUUUCAAAAUAAAACAAGAAACAGAUAGAAAACAAGGAUCAUGACAGUAUUGUGUAAACAAAAGGCUGAAAUAUUAUAAUUGAUCUGACAGUGCCAUCGACAGGACCCCUUCACGAGCAAUUUCUGAACAACUGUUAUAUUCAUUAUCCCUUACUUAAAGUAAAAGUUAUUUCAUAAUUUAAAAUACUCAAUCACAGAAAUGAAGGCCUAUACUUAAUUCAUCAAAAGUAGGCUCAGUCACUAUGCAGAAUAGCCCCUUUUAGGCAAAUGAUAAUACAAAAUGAUAAUGUAGUAUGAAUUCUAAUUGAUGCAUUAUUGUGUUUAUUCUGGUGUUAAGCAUUUUAUAUUGCAGGUAAUCCAGGUGGGGCUGAUUUGUAUUACUUUACAUAUUGGUGGGUAGUUAAAAGCUUUGAAAAUGCAUCAUAUUUUAACUUUUGUAUUGUUUAUGAAAACAAACCUACAAAAUAACUUGAGCUUUUAGACAAAUGUAGGUCAACAACAUGUAUGAUAUUACUCUCCGAAAUGUACUUUGUACUUGAGUAUUUACUUUUUAGAAAUUAGUUUUAUGUAGUUUAUUUUCAUGUUUGUAUGUGAAUGUCAUUUAAUACAUGAUUUUAAUUUUGGUUUCCCUCUGACACAAUAGGUAAGUAUCAUAGGAGGGGCCUAUAUAAUGAAUAAUGCCUUCAGUUGAACAGGUUUAGGUUGCUGUCCUGAGAGCACACUUGCUGCUUUGGGAACCCGAAUGGCAUGUGUGAAGGCGAUGGGCAAUAGGACUGCUGGUUUGAGCUGGGCUGUACUAAUGCAGAUUCUGCUGGUGGUGGACAAUCUGCAGCAGACAAUAUGUGGUUCUGUCCGGUUUUCCAUCCAAGAGGAACAGGGGCCUGGUGUUCUGGUGGGGUCACUUAGUGAACACUUUCCACCUCCGUACCAGCUCCUGACCGAGAAGUAUCUGUGGAUGGACAAAAAAAACGGGAAUUUGUACACUACUGAGGAAAAGAUUGAUCGUGAGGCCCUCUUCCCUGAGGAUACAAAAACGGAAGAAUGCAUUAUUUUACACAAUUCUGUCGUGGGGCCCUCAGGAGACCUUAUACAGUUCUCUGUGAUCAUAGAGGACAUCAAUGACAACGCACCUCAUUUUGAAAACAGCGAAAUACAUUUGAAAAUAUCUGAGGACGUGUCUGUGGGGACGAGUUUCUUAUUGGAUGACCAGGCUCUGGACAGGGAUGCUGGAUAUAAUAGCGAGGUGUAUUACCAGCUAGAAGAUUCUGAUGGAUUUUUUAGUUUAACAGUAGAAGAUGGGUCUGUCAUCGUGCUGGUUGUGUUAACAGCUCUGGAUAGGGAGACCCGAGACAUGUAUCAGAUGGCGCUGGUGGCCACUGACCGUGGCUCAGGCCCUUUAAGUGCUACAGCAACUUUAAUAGUCACAGUGACAGAUGUUAAUGACAACUGUCCAAGCUUUAGCCCGGACAGCCCCCGCAGCGUCACCAUCCCCGGAGACUCCCAGAUGAACAUGCUGGUUGCUCAGGUCAGGGCCACAGACCCAGAUUCAGGCUUGAAUGCUGCCAUUGUUUACUCCCUCAGUCCCAAAGUCUCAAAGCGGGCCAAGAAGCUCUUAAGCCUUGACAGCCUCACUGGGUCUAUCAGACUAACACAGGACCUCCAGAGUGACAGCUCCGAGGAGCUGCUGUUGAAAGUGUUAGCUAGCGGCCAUCACUGCCCCCCAGCAGACACUCAGGUAACUGUAUCCGUGCUCCCCAAGGCCAACCAAGAGCUGGCGAUCAAGAUCGGGUUCAUAGUGGAGCAUCGAAACGAGACUAUGGUGUUACCAGAGAACCAACCCCCCACUGUCUUAGCUGUUUUAGAGCUUGAGGGUGACAGCAGCUUUAAAGGCUCAUCUGUAGCUAUUGAGAACAAGGUACAUUUCACUCUGAACCCACAGAAUGGCAAAUAUCUCCUUUCCACAUCAGAGGCCCUAGACUAUGAGAUGAAAAGAGAGCAUCAUAUUAUUGUGGUAGUUCAUGGAAAAUCAGAUAAAGGAUCUGUGAUCACUCAUUCCAGGCGUGCGAUCAGGGUGUUGGUGGCAGAUGUCAAUGAUAAUGCUCCAAUUUUCCUCCAGUCUCACUACCAUGUUGAGGUGGAAGAAAACAACCAGCCAGGGAUGUCACUGCUGAAGAUCUUGGCAAAUGAUGCAGACAGUGGAUACAAUGGCAGGGUGACCUACAGGAUGGACAAACACACAUCUUCCAUCUUUAACACUGACCCCAAUACAGGUCAGCUCUCUGUGUCAGCCAUUCUGGACAGGGAGCAGCAGGAUGCACAUAAAUUCACCGUGUUUGCACAAGAUAGUGGCUCUCCUCCCUUGGAGUCAGCAGCCACAGUAUCUAUUCAAGUGCUGGACCGGAAUGACAAUGCACCCAUUUUUCUAAUCCCUCAUUACAUCUUUUUCAUCCCUGAGAAUGUACCACCGUUUACCCUUGUGGGGAGGGUUAGGGUGAGAGACCCAGACGAAGGAUCGAAUGGGAACACAGAGUUCCAUGUUGUGAACAGCAGUGGACCUUUUGUUGUGGAUAACACCCUUGGGACACUGCGCACCACCACCAAGUUGGACCACGAGACGCACAACCGCUAUGAACUCUACCUGCUGGCUAGCGAUCAUGGGCACCCUGUCGCUUUGACUUCCACUGCCAGGGUAACUAUCUUUGUGGAGGAUAUCAAUGACAACCAGCCAGAAGUUAUCCUUCCAAGCAGCAACUCCUCCUGCCAGACUGUCUCUCUAGCGACCGUUACAGGCACCAUUGUAACAAAGAUCUUUGCCAUUGAUGCGGACUCAGGGCUCAAUUCGGAGAUUACAUACACUGUAGUGGACCCAGACCCAGUGCAAAACACCAGUCCCUUCCGAGUGGAUUCGAGGUCAGGAAACAUUACUGUAGUCCAGCAACUCCUUCAGAAAGACCUGGGAAUGCAUUACCUGUUCAUUUUGGUUAGUGAUGGGGGGAAGCCAGCUUCCCUUUAUACCACUGUCUGGGUUAAUCUGUUGGUCAACGAGAGCGUGGGGCCUUGCCACUUGGACCGGAAGCCGACCUGGUCAGGGACAGCUGACUUGGUUCAAACCCCCCGAAAGGCCCCCAUCUGUGAGGCAGUUGACACCAGAUCUGCUAAGCUGACUCUGUUGGUAGGCCUUGGUAUGAUGCUGGUGUCCACAUGCUGUUUUCUGGCAACUGCUGUUUUAUACCUGAAGCAGAGGAGACUAAGUUUUCAUCAUAAAAAUGGGGGGCACAUUGAGGAGAAGGUGAUUUCACUCAGCCUUAAAGACAAAUAUUACUAACAGAAUAAAGCAAGCGAUGUGUGUAAUCCUCACUCGCACUUUGUCAAGGAUGAAAUCAGCCUGUAAUUUAAAUACAUUCUGAAUAUUUGUCAAACUCCUCUUCCAUUUUGAUAUUGAUU